UAAUCGUAAUUCUGCAAAUUUCAAAUAAAUACUUGAUACGUCAUAAAUUAUUUGGUAAUUGUUCUAAUUCUAAAGCGAUCACAUGUCUAUACACAUGUGAAACGAUAAGCGUAUAAUUAAGAAACGGUUUCGUUGGUAGUCAUAACAUUUAUAAGGACAAACGUGUCCUUUUUAAUUACAAAAAUGAAACAUUACUAGUACAAUGAUUCAUUUUCUUUGACAAGUGAAAUCAUUAAAAAAUAACGAAAUGAAACAGGAACAAACAGUUGUUUAUUUAUUUUAUUAACAUUAAAUCUUUAAACAAGAUAUUUCCAACGAUAUAUAAAUUAUUCGCCUAUAGGACUAUAGAAGUUAGUUGUUUAAUCAAUUUCUUUUAAACGUAUUAUCACAUCGUAAUAUAAGAUAUAGUUGCAAUCGUGUUGAAUGAAAAAUGGCUGCAAACGUAAAAACAGAAAUGCGAAUUCCUACACGUUCUGCCCCUCGUCCACCGAUUAAUCCAAAUUCGACGGCACAAAGAAACAUUAUUUGGAAUAGCACAAACAAUGUUUUUGGAUCUUCGUUAAUGCAACAACCUAAUCAGAAGAAAAAGCCACCACCUCGGCCACCACCGCCAAAAUUUAAUCAAAAUUACUCGCAAACACAAAAGGAAAAGUUAAAAAGGCCAGUAAGACCUACAGAACUUUUGACUAAUCUUUUCGGAAGAAAGAAAAGCGAACAUUCAAGCAUAACACAGUUAAAUAGUCAAAUACACACUACAAUAUUACAAUCAGAAAACACAAAUGGACCAAUUUGUUUAAUAGAUUUUAGUCCACCUGGAUCUCCAACAUUUACGACUCGAUCAAGUAGUGACGGUGUUAGCAUUGAUAGCUUUGGCAGUGAUGGAAACUCAAAUCCAUCUGCAUUUACAAGUAGUGGGAACACAUCUCAAACAGAAAGUGCCUUUGAAGAUGAUUUUGAUUUUUUUGUAAUAUCUAAUAAAAAAGCAUCACAAAAUGAUCCAUGGAAAAUGAAUUCAAUAACAGAUCCAUUUGGACCAUUGGAAAUAACUAAUCGUAAUACAUUACAAUCUGUAAAACAUGUGGGGGAUGCAAGCUUUUUCGCUUUUAAUACAAAUAAUCAUACAAAUAACCAAGCAUCUUUCAAUCAAACAUCUUUGAAAAGUACUCAAUCAAUGCCAACUAUAAUUCGCGCGAAACCACCCAAACCCCCAGCUCCAAAAGUUUUACAAACGAAAAUACAGCAAAAGAUUAAUAACAUCGAAAUUGACUCAAGAUGUUCAAACAAAAUAGUGCCUUCUGCUAAAUCAAUGACAUUAGAUUUAUCUAAUUCAUGGCAAAAUGAUUCUAAAGAUAACCCUUCACCUCCGAUGCCCACAAUACCACCACCUGCACCACCUCUGGAAUAUUUAGCAGAAAUAAAUAACGAUCUUCCAGUCAGCAAUGAAGAACCUUACGGCAUUGCUCUAUAUGAUUUUCCAUUAAUACAUGCGGACGAUUUGCCUUUCAAGCAAGGUGAUAUAAUAUAUUUAAUUAGAAAAAUUAAUGAAGAUUGGAUGGAGGGUAGAGUAGGAAAUCAACAAGGAAUAUUUCCUAUUAAUUUUAUUGAUAUAAAAAUACCAUUGCCUGGUGUCCCAGACAAUAUAGUUACCGCUAUCUACCCUUUUAAAGGUGAAACACCAGAAGAUUUAGUAUUUGAUGAAGGAGAAAAAAUUACAGUUUUAUCGAGGAUAUCACAAGAUUGGUUAUAUGGUGAGUGUAAAGAUCGAAAAGGACAAUUUCCGGUAAAUUACGUAAAUAGAAUCCCAUGUAAUCUUCCUUUACACAUGGAAAAUUAAUGUUUCGCAUGUUUUCUCAUAUUAUAAAUGAUUAUAUAUCAGUGAUUUCUAUAUUGCUAAUUUUAUUCUUACUAAUAUUUUUGUAAUGGUAUUUUCAUGAAGCUGGGAAUGAAAAAUUUAGAAUUUAUUCAGUCAUAGAUACUAAAUGGAGAUUAAAUUUGUAGAAUUUCUAUUUACAACAAGACUGAGUUAUAUGCAAGUAUGCAUUGCCUUGUGAAAAAGAAAGAAAGAAUUUCAAGAACAUAUUUUUACUAGAUUUUUAAAUUGGAUUUUUGAAAAUGAAAGAUUUACAUUUUGAAACUUUUUACGAUUAAAAGAGUAGAGUAAUAUUACUUUUCAAUUUUUUCAAAAGUAACUAAUUUUUACGUCACUAAUAUUUAUAGAUAUAUCUUAAAUAUUAUUUUCCUGAAGAAAAUUAGUAAUACAAAUAAAACGUAUUUUACCAUCGUCAAAGUAUUCAGAUAUCAAGCAUUAAUAUUAUUCUUUAAUUGUGUAAUAUAUAUUUUUAUAUAGGAUGACUCUUCUGCUAAUUAAGUUAAAGACAAUGCUGCCAAUCGUACAUCCAAUCGUAUACAAUCGUAAUACAAUCGUUCGUAUUUUAUAUAUAUAUAUAUGUAUAAGUACACAUGAUAGCCUCUUUCUUAAACAGAGGCGGCACCGAUUCCUGGUAAUGAUGUUAACGUUAACGCUCUUCUGGUGUUAUAUACGUGUAGCAUCAAUACAUAUACGUAAUCUGUAAUGGCAAAUGAUAAGAUAAUAUGUAUAUCUAUGAAAUGGUCAGCAAUAUUAUCUUUGGCUUAACUAGAGAGAUCAUCUCGUAAAUUAAAAUACACUUAAUGCAAAAAUAUGAAAAAAUGUAUAUAUGAAACUUUGUAAUAAUUUCCUAUUUAAUUUCAAUAUAAUUAACAGAAAUUUCAAUAUAAUUACGCACAGAGUUGAAAUUGAGAUGUUUCAAUAUCAAAUUUCAGCAAAUCCUAUUUGCCUUUAUAAUUUAAACUUUAUUUAAGUUGUUAUUUCUUAUGUAAUAGAGAAAGUAACAUUUCUAUUAUCAAUAUUUUUGAAUAACAUUUCUUUGUAAAUUUCUCUAACUGAUUAUUAAGUGUAGAUAAAUCCUAGAUUUAUUAAUAAAUUUAAUAAGUUAAUAUAUUUGUUUAAUAAAUAAUAAUUACAAAUAAAUAUUUAUACAAUAUGCAACAUAAUAUGAUUAACAUGUAAGACGAAUAAUUAUAUUUUUUCAUAUGUACAUAAAAUAUUUAAAACUUACUAGAUUUAAUGCAGAAUUAUAAUUAAACCUGUAAUGUUUCACUAUUAUUGUUUUAACAAUUAUUCUGUUCAACGUAUCCUAUAUAUUGUUAGAAUGAUCAAAAUUACAUAUUAAUUAGUAAAUGUAAUAAAAGGGUAACAACAAUUUUUCUAUUGAUAAACAUGUGUAUGUUAACUUCAUACUUAAAUAUGUUACACAUAUCAAAUUGUAUUUUAUAAUAUGUAUUUAAAAUGUAUUUCGAUUUAUGUUUAGUAUAUGAAUAUGCAAUAUCCAUAUACUAUACAUAUACUGAGCAUAUAUAGAAUCUGAGUAUGUCAAGUUUAAAUUAUUCAUUAUAGUUAAAUAUCGCAUAUAUUAAUGUAAAUAUUUAAUUACACAUUUAUUACAAUGAAACAUAUUUGCAAACCAAA